AUGUUGGUCUUAAUUGCGCUUGGUUUUUUUGCUGCUGGGUCAUACCAGAGAGGAGUCGGGCAAGGUGCUACACACGGUGUGUCCCAGUCCACUGUGUCGAGGGCUAUAGCUGAAGUGACAGAUGCACUUAACCAUCCUCAAAUAUUAGCUAAAUAUAUUGUGUUUCCUAGAACACCAGAAGCUAGGAACACUGUAAAACGAAGAUUCUUUGAGGUACAUAAUUUCCCCGGGAUUGUGGGCUGCAUAGAUGGCACUCAUGUCUGCAUCCUGAGGCCCGCGCAGAAUGAGGAAGAAUAUUUCAACCGAAAACAUACACAUUCCCUCAAUGUGCAAAUUAUAUGUGACGCAGAUCUUAUUAUUAUUUUAAGUGUCGAUGCCAGCGACGGCGGGGCUACUCACGAUUCCGCUGUUUGGAAUGGUCACCCUCUGAAAGAAUACCUGCAGGGUCUAUACGACCAAGGGGAAGCUGUGUGGCUCUUAGGUAACAAUAACACAAUACAAACAUAAUCAUUCUUAUUACAAUUAAACAAAAAAAUUAUGCAACUAAAUUGUUUG